AUGGCUGCUAUUGUACUGACCAUAUUGACACUGAUUCUAACUGUAGAAUUCAUUGUUGGGAAUGUAGACAAUGCAUUCAUUGUACUGGUCAACAGUAUUGAUUGGGUCAAGGGAAGAAAGAUUUCUUCAGUUGAUAAGAUUAUCACGGCUUUGGCAGUCUCCAGAAUUGGAUUGAUCUGGUUCACAUUGAUUAUAAGGUUGGCUUCUGCAUUUUACCUGACUUGGUUUUUCACUGAAAAAGUCUUGCGAGUGAUUCAUAUCGCCUGCACUGUGACCAACCAUUUCAGCAUUUGGUUUGCUACAAGCCUCAGCAUCUUUUAUUUUCUCAAGAUAGCCAAGUUUUCUAACUCUACUUUCCUCUACCUAAAGUGGAGAGUGGAAAAGGUGGUUUCAGGGACAGUGCUUAUGUCUCUGGUGCUCUUGUUUCUAAAUAUUGCCCUGUUAAACAUGCGUAUCAGUGUCUAUAUUCAAGUAUAUAAAGGAAAUGUGACUAUGGGUUUGAGAGAGUUUGCACAGCUUUUCAGAAUAUUUUUGUUCACUGAUACAGUGUUUAUGAUCAUACCCUUCACCAUGUCCCUGACAACUUUCCUCCUGCUCAUCUUCUCCCUUUGGAAACAUCUCAGAAAAAUGCAACUCAGUGCCAAGGGAUCCAGAGAUGCCAGCAUCAAGGCCCACUUACAAGCCUUACAGACUGUGGUCGCCUUUCUCGUGCUAUGUACCGUUUUUCUAUUGUCUUCUCUUCUACAAACUUGGGGCUCUGCAUUGCUGGAGAAUUGUCUGAGCAUGACAGUUUGCCACGUAUUUGAGAUGACGUAUCCCUCACUCCAUUCAUUCAUCCUGAUUCUUGGAAACAGGAAGCUGAGACAGGCCUUUCUGGCUUUUCUGAGGUGGCUGAGUCAUAGGUUCAAAGAUGCACCAUGUUAA